GGUCGGCGCUGUGGUGUGAAGGAGUAGCUCUGUUCAUGACUCGGAUAUACAGUGCUUGCGUUUCCCAUGGUUCCUUCUCUUCGACUACCGCCAUAGUGGUGAACGGAUAGCCAUCUCCGAAAUGGCGUCACACAAGACCUUCAGAAUCAAACGCUUCCUCGCCAAGAAGCAGAAGCAGAACAGGCCGAUUCCACAGUGGAUUAGGAUGAAAACUGGCAACAAGAUCCGAUACAACUCCAAGAGGAGACACUGGAGAAGGACCAAGCUGGGCUUGUAAACACAAGGUUUACUUCAGCAUCCCCCUCCAUCUGCUCCUUGCCAGGACCACCAACUCAUCCAGAGCUGGAGAGAAGCCAUGCUAUCUGGGACAACAGUCUCUUUUGUACAGAUAUUCUGGUUAUGUCCUUCCUAAAUAAAAGAUUUGUCAUCGAACCAGAA